AUGCUUUUCAAAAAUCUUGGCUUCUGGCUUCUGGCGCCGAGCGCAGCUGCAUUGGCUAUUGACGCCUCCAACAACGGACGCCACGUUCGACGAGACCGCAGCUCCGGCAACUGGUGCGGUCAGGUUCUCCACGGCAACGAUUUUCGAGAUGUCUCUUCCGCCUGGGUGAUGCCGACAUCUUGGCCUCUUCCCGCUCACUACUACUCGCAGCAGCCAAUCUACAACUACCAGUGGGUUGGCAUUGACGGAGCCAGCGAUCAAUGCCAGGCUAUCCUUCAAGCUGGAACGUAUGCCAGGAUGGAAGACAAUGUCCUGACUUAUGGGUUCUGGUACGAGUUCUACCCCAAGGAAUCUUGGCUUAUGACUGAGCCAGUCGUCAACCCUGGAGACAGCGUUUACGUCCAAGUCAAGGCGUAUAACAGCACUUCGGGCUACGCGUACAUGAAGAAUCUCUCCACAGGAGAGGACGUUAUGAUUCCCAUGGAUGCUCCUGAAGGCUACUCCUUGUGCGGCUCGACGGCCGAGUGGAUUCAGGAAAAUGCUAGUCCAAGCGCCGCGUCGGGUCUGGCACCUUUCAACACCUUUUAUUUCGAGUAUUGCAGCGCGUCGGAUGCUUACGGUUACAACUACAACCUUGAAGGGUCCGAGAAAUGGUACAUGCACCCACUCAACAGCGACCCAAUCUGCUAUCCAUCCAACGUCUUUGGGGGCACUGUUCAGAUCAACUAUAGUGGACCGACAGCAUAA